AUGGGUGAGAAGAAGUCGACGGAGGACAUCGGGAAAAAGCUCAAAGGUCUGUGGAAUAAAGUGACCAACGAGCUGAACACCAGUGGCUCCACGUUCAAAGGACAUGGUCACAAGCUGGGAGGCGGCGAGGUGCGCGGCGCACUUCGCUUUGCCGCCCAGUCGAGCGUGAACCUUGCUGCAGGAGUGCGGGAGCAGCAGCGGGAGCAGCAGCAGGUGCCGGGGCGACCCCUCGGAACUGGGGCCGCCGUUGCCGCUGCUGAGCAGCGCAUCGCAGCGGCAGCGGCUCGGGGCUCCGGCCAAAGGGGCGGCGGCGGCGGGGCACCUGAGGCGCCUGUGAGGGCGCAGGGGGUGCUGUUGCCGGCGUCGGAGUUUGACCCCUUUCAGCCGGCUGUAGGCGGCGGAGCGGCGCUCAAUGCCAUUAAGGAGCCGCACUUUGAAAGCAGCUCCAGCAGCGGCACCUCCGGCGGCCGCCCCAGAGAAGGGGCCCCCACCCCUGGGGCCGCUGCAGCCAGCUCGGCUCCUCCUGACAGCGGCAGCAGCAGCGGCCCCACUGGCGCGCCGGCAGCCAUGCAGGGCCCGCCGCCGACAGCAGAUCAGGUGGAUGAGAUGAGGCGCUGCGUGGCCCUGAUCCUCUCGAUGCCGCCGGAGAGGGCGGCCGGCAGCGUGGAAGAGCCGAGGUUCCGGCAGGUGCGGCUCGGCAACAAGCGCAUCCGCGAGGCGGUGGUGGAGGUGCCCGGCGGCUGCGAGCUGCUGGCGGCGUGCGGCUUCCAGGUCCACCGAGACCCGGGGGAUGGGGAGGACGGCGGGUUUGCAGCCUUCCUUGAGGACCACAACCUGCCACUGGUGGAGGAGGGCCUCCUGCAGCUGCAGUCGCUCGCAUCCGCAGCCCUGCCAGCCUCCACGGCCCCACCGGCUGCCUCUGCCGGCGUAGCAGGCGUCGCAGCCGCCCCUGCCGCCCCUUCCAACCCUGCGCCCCUCGGCAUGCGCGCGCCGCCGUCGUCGCCGCCGCCCCCGACGACUGUGGCCGCGGCCGCGCCGCCGCCGCCGGUGGACAGGCGGCUGCAGGUGCUGCUGCCCGUGGCCUCCGACAUUCAAUUGGAUGCGUCGUUCUUCGAGCGGACACCCGCAGACGUCAAGGCGGAGUACGCCCGGCUGGCGGCGCGUCGCCGCGCGGGCGAGGUGCUGACAACGCGCGCGCACAAGGAGAGGCAGGCGGCGGCCGCGGCGCGGGGCGCGGCGGCGGCGCUCAAGGAGGCGGCAGUGCGCGUGCGGUUCCCAGAGGGGGUCCAGCUGGAGGCCGUCUUCGGCGCGGGCGAGCCCCUCGAACGCAUCCACGAGGUCGUCGCCGCCGCCCUGCGCAGCCCGGCCACCCUUUUCGAGCUGGUGCUGCCCGACAGGCGCCCGCUGCCGCGGGAGGGGCGUGUGGCCGACGCAGGCAUCGCGCCGGCGGUGCUGCUCAACUUCCGGCAGCUGGAGGCGUCGCCCGGCGCUGGUGCACGCGGGCGCGAGCUGCCGGCGCUGUCAGACGACAUGCUGCGCCUAGCAAGGGUUGACUGA